AUGAGCCCGCAUAUGCUGGAGCCUGAGGUCGUAGCCCCGCUCCCUCCGAAGAAAGACGUCCUACUCAAUGUGCGUACCGGCAAGGUUCGGCCAUUCGGCGGUGGCAAGCUCCGGUCCGCUAUCAAAAAGCAUCCACGGCAAGGCAGAGUGCAGGUGACAGAACUCGGACUGGUUGGUGACGAGCAGCAGUAUGCCUUGCAUGGCGAAGUGGAUAAGGCGCUUCAUACCGAAAUCAACAAUUCACCGUCGGUGGGAUUCGGCGAGAAUCUGUCCUUCAGUGGCCUGAACGAGGGGAACGUCUGCAUUGGCGACAAGUUCCGGCUCGGCGCCGAGGUCGUCGUGCAAGUCAGCGAGCCGCGCCAGCCGUGUUACAAGCUGAACCAUCGGUUUGAAUACAAGAAGAUGUCGAGGCUAGUGCAAGACACGGGCAUGGCAGGCUGGUCCUUCCGUGUCCUGAAGCCAGGGUUCAUCCAGGAGGGCGAUGAGCUUGUCUUCGUCGAGCGCAUGUACCCGCAGUGGUCGCUGAACCGCGUCCAGGAUUUCCUGUAUCGCGAGGUCGACAACAUGGAAGCCAAUGAAGAAUUGGGUGGCAUGCCAGAGAUCGGCGGCGAGAUUUCAAAACUCUUCAGAAAUCGGGUGGAGAAGGGCGUCGAAGAUAUGAGCAACCGCCUGGAUGGUAUCCCCGGAAAGAACCGACUUCAUCUUGCUUGGCGGCGCUACAGAUUAACUGAGAAGGAAAUGCUCACACCGAGCAUCACAAGACUAAGUUCCAAGCUUGAUGAGGCAGACGCCGGCAUGAGUGACGAGGAGUCCCGCCUGGGGAAGUUCCACACGUUCGAGCCAAGAGUCGCCAGGGAUGAUUACUCUAGGGGCGGCUCGGAAUAUCUGCACAAUCUGCUGAAGUUCGGAGAUGUUAUCCAGGCCAGCAAAGGCUAUGAAGCGCCACAUACGGCCCAGAAGAAAGAGAAUGGUAAGCAUAGACGACACAUAUUUAUCAUCGGGGGCAUCGGAGUUACCGCCUUCUUGCCUGAGAUUCAAAGACUUUGGCUAGCGGGCGAAGACAUCGAGGUACACUACGCCGUCCGCAGUCGGAAAGAUGUGGUGUACUCAAGUUGUCUCCCUCCAGAGGGUGAACGAACUUUCGUUUACUACCCAAUGUCCCAGCUACACUUUGAAGAGUUUGGCGGGGCAAAUACUGGUACCGGCGACCCUUUUGAAGCCGAGAUCGGAGCCACGGGACAGAUAUUGCAAGUUCCCGGUGGAAAGUCCUUGUUGGAUGUGCUAAACGGUGCAGGGUUCGACAUCGAGCCAUCUUUCUUGUAG